AUGAACAACUCGCCGACGACGCUGUUUGACUCUUACGAGCAGGACUUCCAGCAAUUCAUUGAGACGAUUCGACCGAAACUCGAGGGUAAUGCCGAAGAGCCAGCAGAGAUCCAAGGAAUCCCUCAGUCUAUCCGAGCGCAGUAUCAAUCCCGCUUGCGCACAGCGAAAGCAGACCUUGCGCGGUACAAGAAGCUCUUCAAAGACUCGCAAGCCCAAGUGGCCCGAUCGGACCUCUUCUCCUCCAAAGCUGGGGGGUUCUCUUCCUCAGAUGACCCGUACUCAGAUAACAGCGACCGUUCACGACUGCUUGCCGGUACAUCCUUGCUGGAGGAUGGUUCUAAGCGGCUGCAAGAGUCACAUCGUAUUGCGUUGGAGACGGAGGACCAGGGAGCGGAGAUCCUGAUGAACCUGAGGACGCAGCGGGAACAGAUAGAGAAUUCAAGAAAUACGCUAUACACGGCGGAUAGUGCAAUAGACCGUGCGUCCGGUACGUUGAAGAAGAUGAUCAGGCGAAUGUACCAACAACGUCUCGUCACCGCCGCUAUCAUUACUGUUCUUGUUCUCCUUAUUGGCGUCAUCGUUUGGGAGAAGUUCUCAUGA